AUGGAUUGUUCAUUCUGCGUUUUCGAAGCCCUGGAGAGGCUUUUGUUCCAGAGAUUUUUGAAAGAAAAUAGUAUCGCCAUUCCAGAUUACUUCUAUGAUGCAUGUAUUGAUCCAAUAGCAAGCUAUGCUGUCAUUACUGAAAAUGCUGCAUCGUUGUAUUCAGAAUUCCAAGCUUUCAAAGAGGAAGCAAGAAAUGCUGCGUUGGGGAAAACUGCUCAAUUUUGGAUACAGUUUUACAUGGAUCUAAUGGAGUGUCAACAAACGGCACACCUAACUGUUCAAGAAAAUGAUUUUGAUCAAAGGUUAUUGGCAUGGAAAUUCUUUCUUCCAAUGUAUUUUGCUUUGAACAAGCAAAACUACGCUAGAUACGCAUCGUACUACGUCGGAGUCUUGCAAAAUAUUGACAUUCUCCAUCCCGGCCUAAGCGAAAUGCUUCACAAAUCCGGACUUUCUGUCCAGGCACAAGAUCGUCAUCCGUUCAGAACCGCAACUGACCAAAGAGGGGAACAAACUAUUAACCGCGACGCAAAGACAGCAGGGCCGGGGAUAAAAAGUUUUGCUAACGACAGCAAUGCCAUUCUGAAGUGGACGCUGAAUUGUUCAGAGGAAGCCCAAAACAAGGCGAAACUUUUUGAAAUGGCGGGCAUGAGUCUUUCAAAUGAAGUAUAUAAGUCAUUACGACCAUCCGAGAUCCUAAAGUCGGAGUCCUAUACUACAAACGUUUUCAACACGUUAAACAAGGAAUAUUUAAACCCAUUCGAUGCGGAACUACAUACCAGUUUUCUUUACAACUUGAGCUCGGGUACACAGAUUGAAGUGGAUAUCAGCGAAGAAAUUUUGAAUAAUAGAAUAGAAGGAGAAGCGUUGUUUGAAAUAUUCAUCAGUGGUAGAAUACUGAAGAAAGAAAUACUUUUCCUUGAUCCCAUAAAGAAGAGGAAGUUAAUAUUAUUCAAGGCAUCCUCGAAGAAGGUGUCGUUGACGAGAAGUACUGUCGUGAAAACAGUAGAAGUCAACAGAGACAUUUUGGGUACCAUUCUUGCUUUGACAGCGAAGACAGAAAAAGUUAUCAACUUUGAAAAUGCAUUAGAAUAUCCAUUUUGUUCUGUCUCGCUUAGCUUGGCAUGCCUUGAUGGCAUACCUAGCUCGGAAAACUACUAA